UCGUGCGUUUAAUUUGCUGAUAGCUGUAGUUUCGCUCUGUCUCUGUCUCGGUGAGGUAGGAUCGGAAGUGAAGUUACUCUAUGAGUACUAUAUGUCGGGUGAACACCUGAGUUUUGGUCUCACCCUAGGCUUUAUGCUUACCACUACUGUUAUUGUUGGUAUUUUCACGCUGUUGUGGACUUUAAUAGAUAUAAGGCAACACAAUGGACAUGCAGAGGAAAAUUCGGACGGGAGACAACAGUCUGUCGGGGCAAUCGAUACUGCGAAAUCACUUAUAGUGUGUAGAAUUAUUGCCUCGUUUCUCCAGUUUGGCCGCGCCUUCCGUCUAGCGGAGUACAUUUACAACAUGUAUCAGGCAUGGAAAUGUAAUAGAAAAGAUGAGAAACGAAUAGAAAAAGCGGAAGUGAAAUUACGGGAUGCCUCGAUUUUGGGCCUGUUGGAGGGAUACAUGGAAACUGCUCUUAAGUUCCAGUUACAAUUAUACCUGAUGUUUGCAACUGAUGCUACAACUAAGACAAGAGAUUUGUUUUUGUUGAUCUCCUUGGCAUCUAUAUCGAUCUCGGUGACCUCUUGCUACAUGACGCAACGGACAUUAAAACACGGGCGGAAAUCGGUGACGUUUUGGGCAUGGGUGUUGUAUCUAUUGAUGCGACUGUGUGAACUUGGGCCUCGCUUUGUGUUAUUAGUGUUGUGUGUUAAGUUCGUUGGCUGGUGGACGACGCUGAUAGGUGUCUUUUUCCAUUUCGUGCUAAUGUUCGUGCUCAAUUUAUGUCACGUGAAGCCGGAGAACAAUCAGAUGUGUGACCAACGCUGUUUGCUCUUCUUCUACCUUUUCCUCAGCUACGUGGAGAUCUACAGCUUCAUCAACAUGAACGAGGAAAAAUCCAAACAUACGUCACUAAUCUAUUACGUCAUAUUUUACUUGGAGAAUGCUGUGAUGAUGUCAUUAGUGUUAGGUCUGACGUAUAGCGGAAUCAUGCCAUGUAUGACUUGGUGUAUGUUCUCGUAUUCAGCUAUCCCAGGUUUUGCGUUACAUUUAUUCUUCUUGUGUCUCUACUAUUCCUGUCUCCACUCGACACGCAACAGAUCAGACCACUGAUUGUCUUACAUAUUACAGCUGUAUUAAAU